UUCAGCUCAAAAAAUGGAUAACAAUCAACCAAGUUCUUCAAAAGAUCCAAAUAUUCAGUGGAUGUAUGAUGGAACAAAAUCUAUUGUUAAUCGAGAGGAUUAUCUUCUUGGGAAAAAGAUUGACAGAAAUUUUGAAUUGUAUUCUGACGUUGUUGUUAAAGACAAAGACGAUGAGACCCGAGACAAUUUUUUUAAACAAAAACUUUUACAAAAUGGCUCUGGGAAUGUACACAAUCAAAAAAUUUCUGCGUUGGAUGUUCGAACAGUUCGUAAUGAGGAUCCGCUUGUUGCGCUAAAGUUCCAAGAAGAACAACGACGUCGACAAAUGUUAGAAAAUCCUUUAAUUAAAUUAAAAGCGCAACGUAUUUUGCAAAAAGAAUUUGAAAAACAAAUGAAAAAGGUGGAAAAGAAGAAGAAAAAACAUAAAAAAUCUAAAAGAAAUUCUUCCUCUUCAGAUGAAGAAAUUUUUUCAAAACAUGGAAGGGUUGAUGAAAGGGAAAAACAUCGACAUUCGAGGGAAGAAAGAAGUAGAUCGAGGAGUAGAGGAAGAGAUGAAAGAAGGAGGGAAGAUGCUAGAAGGGAGGAAGGUCACCAUCAUCACCAUAGGGAGGUGUUUUCUCGUUCUUCAGAUGUCAAUAAAACAAACGAUUCGAGACGUUUUAACCAUAAAGGGGAAGAAAAACCAAAAGAAAGGCUUCAAUCCCGUCCAAAAUUGAGUGCUGCUGAAAUUGAGGAGAGGCGAAAAGCCAUGUUGCAAAAUGCUUCUUGGAGGGAUGAAAUGAGAGAAAAUAAUUUUAAAAAGACAAUAGAGGAACUCAGAAAAGAGGAAAAUGAAGCUAAUAAUAUACCAAAUUUUAUAAGACCAAUUAUGGACUCUGCCAAUUCUUCAUUGGAAAAACGCUUGCAGAGCAACAAAAUGGGAGUUCAACGUUCACAUGAUCACAUGGACAAAUCUUUUUUGAAGAGAUGAAAUGAAGAGAUUUUUUAUUUUUUGAAGGCCUUGUCUAGUUUGUGUACAUUAGAGAUUGGUAUUUUCAAAAAUUCUGGAUUUUGGUUAGUAAUCUGGACAGGAUUCUUGAUUUGGAUCCAGGAAAAAUCCAGACUGGAUCUGGAUCCAGACCGAUCUUUAAUGCACACACCCAAUUUAUUCGCAAACUCAAAUCCGUCAAAAUUACCCCAUUAAAGGCGGCUAAAGUUCACUCUAGGGGGUUCUCAGCACAUGCCUCGUUAGAGGCGAUGAUUUUUAUGUUAAGUGAGCAAAUGACUUGGAAUUUUUGUGCAGAUAUGACUGAAACUGGAGGUGGUGAUUCUGUUGAAUCUGCAAGUGUUUAUGCUAACUCUGUUUGUGAAAUGUGCGGAAAUUAUGAG